AUGGGUACGGCAGCUUUCAAAAAUUUUUCUCAGUUACUGGUAAUAGCCUUUUUUGCGAACCUUAUUUUGGGACAACGGGUAGAAUGGGAUGCUACAAAUAUACCAAAUCCAACGGCUGGAGACUUCAAAAGAUGUAAUAUGAAAACAACGUCUAGUAUUUGUGAUCCAGAUGGUAUUUUAAACGAACAGCAGCGGUAUAGAAUCAAUCACGAGCUUUUUCAGCUUGAAGCUCGAACCAGACAGACACAAGCAGCGGAUUACUGUCAGAAGAAGGGUAUUACAGCAGCAGCUGCUAUUGUAAGGCACAUUCGCGGAGGUACAGAACAGGCUGCAAAAGAAAUGGCAAAUGCAAUAUUGCGGAACUGGUCGUUAGAUCAGCAGUGCAAAAAAUCCGUUGUAAUCGUUCUUGCAACCGAUGAUAAACGCUUUUGGGUUGCUCGAGAUGAUCGAGUUCCUGUUUAUGCCAAUGAAUUCACCGAGAUUUUCAGUAAUGAGAAGCAGCUAUUCGCAACUGGCAAAUACGAUCAGGGUCUUUUGAACGUUUUACAAAAUACUCGACAGAAAGCUCUUUCGAAGCAACAGACAAGUGAAGGCGGUCCCGCUGUCCAGCCAAACCAACCAGUUCCUCAACCAGUUCCUCCACCUAGUCAGAAGAAAGGGUUUCGGAUCCCAAUAUGGAUGUGGCUUCUCCCACUUUUACUCUUACCAUUGUUGUGCUGUUGCUGUUGCAUAUGCUAUUGUUGCUGUUGCCGUGGCAAAAGCCGGGGUAAUGCCGAGUAUGUGGCCGGUCAGGGUCCAACUGGAGAUCGUUCUCAAGGGACUGCAGGUGCUGCAAACGCUGGCGGUAAUAGGCGUAGUGGCUUACCCAAUUUUUUGAGCAAUGUUGGUGCAGCAGGACUGGGCACACUGGCGACCCAAUUUUUAAGCAACCGGUUUAGGCGAGGGAAUCAGGGACCUGCAGCCGGGAACGACCGGGCUGCAUAUCAUGCAGGACACCAAGGGGGUGAUGCCAGAUAUGCACCUGCAUCGGGUGAGGAGGGGAAGAAUCUUUAUCCUUCAAUUGUUGUACAAGAUCAAGGAGGAGGAGGAAGUUGGAAAUGA